GUGCGGAGGCAUGCAGAUAGUGAUAAUCUUGUUCUCCUUGCAGUACUGCUAGAAAUCGAGCGAGUCGUGGCUCUCAUGGCCGUUAAUAAUGAGGAGCCAAUAAGCGCCUAUAACCCUCCUCUUUGUAUACUCAUCAAAGUGAUAGCGGCCCUUGAAGAUGAUGAAGGGUGGAAUAGCCCACCCUGUUGCGUUGAUGCCCUAGAUGACUGUUGUCCACUCCCUAUUGCCUUGCUGUAUUACCUUUAG